GAUCUCACAGAGGAAUUUCAGUGUCCCCACACACCCACUUAAAUCGCCCCCGCUUUCUCUUUUCUUUCUUUCUACCACCUCGCUGCUGCACUGCUUCAGAGUUUCCUCUACCACUUUGCUGUAUCGAUCGCUUCUCUUCCAUCGCCUUCUCUCUCUCUCAUGUCACUCUCCUAGCCAAGGCACAACACAAGAGGCCCAAGAAAUAAAUCGCAAUAAAAAAUCACAUCCGAGCGAAAGUGGGGAGAGCUCCUCCCCGCUAUCAUAGGCCCCCCAGGCCAGUAAUUAAGGGGGGAGAUAGAGACAGGGCGCCUCUAGUGCACUACCGCCGCUACCAGCAUCGCCGUCACCGAGUAGAGAAGGAGAGCAGAGGGGAUCAGGGGAGCCCAGGGAGAUUUUUAUUCCUUCCCUUCCCCCGCACACAAGAGCGCGGGCUGCUGGCUGCUGCGGCUGGUGGCGGGCGGCGGCCGACUGCUGCUGCUGCUGCGGCCGUAACGAAAUCUAGGCUCCAUCUACAGCGGGCGGCGCAACCCAAUUUUAAAUCGCCGCUCCUCUCCUCUCCUCUCCGCAGGCAGCUAGCUGAGCUCUGCGAAAUCCAUUCCGGGCCUAUAAGUGUGGCUUCGGGACGGCGCCUCCCAUCCGACACCGGCGCCUUCGCGGACUGGGUCGCCUCCUCCGCCGCCGCCGCCCGCGGGGACGACCUCUCCCUCGGCUUCAAUGCCGGCGCGGCCGCCGCGGCCGCGGCCGCCUCCGGCGCCUCGCUGGGCGCCGGCCUCUGGGGCCCGGCCUCCUCCAUGCGCCAGUCGGCCGCGCUGAACUACGGGAUGCCCGACGUCGGCAUGGUCGUCGUCGCGCCCGCCGCCUCCUUCCACCACACGCACCACCACCACCACCACCACGAGGCCGCCGCCGCCGCGGACCCCAUCUUCCCGCUGCUCUCCGGGGGGCCCUGCGUGCUUGAUCCGGACGCCGCCAAGUCGGCCUCCGGGGCGCCGCCCGGCAGCGCCAUCCAAUUCUGGCAGCCGCAGUCGCCGUCGUCCGCACCGGCAGCUAACCCUAACCCUAGCGCCAGCCCCUUCGCCUACAUCAAGAAGCCCCUCCCGAUGCUGGACACCGGCGCCGGCUCCUCCGGCUCCGGCGCCACCACGUGCCAGGACUGCGGCAACCAAGCCAAGAAGGACUGCGGCCACAACCGGUGCCGCACCUGCUGCAAGAGCCGCGGCUUCGACUGCUCCACCCACGUCAAGAGCACCUGGGUGCCCGCCGCCCGCCGACUGGAGCGCCAGCAGCUCGCCGCCUCAGGCUCCGCAUCGUCCUCCCCCGCCACCGCCACUGCCUCAGCGGCGGCGGCCGCGGCCGCGUCCGCCUCCGCGUCCAAGAAACCCCGCCUCCUCGCGUCGCAGACCACCACAUCGCACACAUCAACCUCCAACGCCACCACGCCGCGAAGCUUCGACACCACCUCCAGCCACCAAGGUACUACCAACACUUGCACUGCUGCAGACGCGUCGUUCAGGGACAGCCUUCCGCGGCAGGUGCGCGCGCCGGCGGUGUUCAAGUGCGUGCGCGUGACGUCCAUUGAAGACGGCGAGGACGAGUACGCGUACCAGGCCAUGGUGACCAUCAACGGCCACCUGUUCAAGGGGUUCCUCUACGACCAGGGCCCCGACGACGGCCGUCACGCGGCCACCAGCAACGACGACUCCGCCGCGGGGGUGCCCAACAUCUCGGAGCUCCACCUCGGAGCGGCGUCCGCUUCCGUCGCCGGUGGCAGCGGCGUCAGGGAAGGUGGCUCCUCGAUGGUGCCCGCGGACCUAUACGGCGGCGGCGGCGGUGGCGGGCAGCAUCGCAUUCUCGGCGGGUCAAGCUACGGCGGCACCAUGAACUGAGUACGUUGUUCUACACCGGGAAAGUAUGGCUACAUCGAGCGUAUGGCCAUUCUUUGUUCCUUCCUCUUCGUUGCUGGUGGAGAUUAAUUUUCCCUUGUUUCUUGCCCGUGCCGCCAUUAGAGAGGCCAUCGAUCAAUGCAUGAUAUGCUGGUGUUAUUAGUAGCAAUUUUCUCGUGAUUCGUUGGUGUACUAAAAUAACAUCGAUGAAGAAUUGUUUCUAGUCGUUCUAUAUAUACUGCUCUAGAGCCAGUUAACAAUUCCUUUUUCUAGUUGGGUAGAGAGGAGAAUUAAUAAUUGUUAGGAAUUGGAAACAAGAUAGUGCAAGAUUAAAACCAUCUUGAUUAGGCAUAGUAAGAUAUUGCCUGCUGGUUUUUGACCUC